CCUCAAUAACGCACUGGAUUCUUUGACUGUGGCUAAAUGGAGUCCAAUCUCUUUUCUCUUUGAAUGUUUCGAAGAAAAAGACCCAACUACAAAUUUCUACAAAUUUUCCUUCCCUCUGUUUUUCCGCCUUGGGCGUGUGAAGAAAGGUUUGAAGAUGCCUCUUUUGUACUGUUGGGUAGCUUGACUAAUUUCUUAGCGUCCCCUUUACCGGGCCGGCUGUGCUGUGAUCUAUUUUAUUCGCUCUGUUGCCUUUCAUUUCCACAACAACUCACCGUUCAUUAGGCAUACUGCAAUCAAAUCCUAUUAGCCCGUCUCUUUCCCUUUAUAUUUAUUAAUUACCGUUUGUUAGCGUUUGAAGUGGAAUUAAUGGCAUCUUCAUCAUCAUCUUACCAGCAAAAUCAUGAAUUAAAUGCUUUCUCUGGAUUUGAACCUCCCGGCAAUAGAAGGAAGGUUUCUGAAUCUGCAAUAUUGUAUGAUGUUUUCAUUAACCACAGAGGCCCAGAUGUCAAACAAACUUUGGCUGCUCGGCUUUACAACUCCUUUGAGCAGUUGGGAAUACGGGCGUUUCUUGAUUCCAAGGAGAAGGAACUAGGAAACUCGUUUCCUUCUAUUAUUGAGAUAGCCAUCUGCUCUGCUAAGGUACACAUAGCCAUCUUUUCCAAAACAUAUGCAGAGUCACCUUGGUGUUUAGCUGAGCUGGUUCUCAUGUUAAAAAGUACAGCCAAAAUUACCCCCCUGUUCUAUCAAGUGAAACCUUUUGAUCUCCGGUACAUAGAAGGGGGAGCAUAUGCUGAAGCAUUCAAUAAAUAUAGAGAGAAGGGCAGAUACCUUGAGAAGCUUAGCGAGUGGAAGGAAGCCCUUCAGUCUCUUUCACUUAUAGCCGGUGAAGAAUUUUACAGUGAUAGGGAUUACCGAGAGAUAGUAGCAGCUGCGCAGAAAGAUGUGCAAAGAAAAACACCUUUACAUGUUGCUGAAUAUCCAGUGGGACUUAACAAUCUUGUGGAUGAUUUUCGAAGGCGAUGCCUUGAUGAACUUGUACAAGAUAUUGAUAUUCAGUGUGGGCAGGAAGAAAGGAAGCAUAAGGCUAAGGUAAUUGGUAUUUUUGGCAUGGGGGGAGUGAGUAAAACAACUCUCGCCAAAGAAUUCUUUAACCAAAAAAUCUCGUAUUAUCAACAAGCGUGCUUUUUGUUUGAUGUGCGAGAAGCGUCUGCAAAAGGCCAAUUACAUCACUUGCAACUUAAGCUUCUAAAAGAUCUCUUUGAUGAUCGUUUUCUCAGUUUUACAACUACAGAGGAGGGAACUACCUAUCUCAAAGAUCGUCUAAGAAGGAGCCCCCUUUUAAGCAUACUAAUUGUUGUGGAUAACAUCGAUCAUGUGGAGCAGUUACAUGCUCUACUGGUCAUGGAUAUCCUUAAAAAAUCUGGUAGUAGUCUGGUUAUUGUCACAACCCGUGACGUUGGUGUGCUUAUAACCGCAGGGAUUACUGUUGGUUAUAAUUUAAAAGGAAUGGGUAGAAGUCAUGCCAGAGAACUCUUUUGUUGGCACGCCUUCGACCAAGCUCAUCCGUGCAAUGGGUAUGAGGAGCUGAGUGACGACUUUGUAAACGCCUGUGGAGGCUUACCUUUGUCGCUUCAGGUUCUGGGCAGACACGUCCGUGGCAGAAAUCACAGUUAUUGGAGCUCAGAAUUGACUAAAGGUGAAAAGAUGCUGCAUUGGGACGUAAAGCAAAGGCUGAGAAUAAGUUUUGACUCAUUGGAUAAUGAAGAAAAACAGGUUUUCAUGGAUUUGCAUUGCGCACUCUCCAACCUUCAUUUAUCGAUUUGUACUUAUAGUUACUCAUCGUGCAAAUGGAUAUUAAAUUUUAAGUGA